GCUGGAGCAACAACAACAUGGCGAACCAGGGACUCACCUACGAUGGUUGCAAUUUUUUCAGACAGAGGCUUGUUUUAUCAACUUUAAGCGGGAAACGGGUCAAAAUCCGAAACAUACGAUCUAAAGAUGACAAUCCUGGACUCAGAGACUUUGAAGCCAGCUUCAUCAGGCUAAUGGACAAGAUAACCAAUGGCACCAGGAUCGAAAUUAAUCAGACAGGCACAGUCCUCUUCUACCAGCCAGGCCUGCUGUAUGGGGGCACCGUGGAGCACGAAUGCAGUCCUCAGCGCUCCAUAGGCUACUACCUGGAGGCCCUGCUAAUGCUCGCGCCCUUCAUGAAGACGCCGCUGCGAGCCACUCUCAAAGGCAUCACCAAUGACCAGAAGGACCCAUCUGUUGACACACUAAAAGCAGCAGCUAUCCCCUUGAUGAAGAAGUUUGGGCUUGAUGGAGAAGGUCUUGAAUUGAAGGUGGUUAAGAGAGGGAUGCCCCCAGGGGGUGGUGGGGAAGUGCUGUUCUCCUGUCCAGUCCGCAGGACCAUCCGACCGGUCCAACUGACUGAUCCAGGCAAAAUUAAGAGGAUCCGUGGAACAGCAUAUUCAGUUAGAGUUUCCCCACAGAUGGCGAACAGAAUAGUGGACUCUGCCAGGAGUAUUUUGAACAAAUUCAUUCCAGACAUUUACAUCUACACAGACCACAUGAAGGGUGCCAAUUCGGGGAAGUCCCCGGGCUUUGGCCUCACGCUUGUGGCAGAGACGACAAGCGGCACGUUCCUCGGCGCGGAGCUGGUUUCCAACCCGCAGGGGCAGGGUGACCCAGUACUGCCAGAGGACCUGGGCCGCAAUUGCGCUAAGCUGCUACUGGAGGAAGUCUACAGGGGUGGCUGCGUGGACUCGACCAAUCAGAGUCUGCUGCUUCUCUACAUGACGCUGGGACAGCAGGAUGUGUCUAAGGCUCUGCUGGGUCCCCUCUCUCCAUACACGAUAGAGUUCCUCCGACACAUCCGGGACUUCUUCCAGAUCAUGUUCAAGAUGGAGACGCAGAAGCAGGAGGAGGACAGCCGGAAGGGAGGGGACAAGGUCCUGAUGACCUGCGUCGGAGCUGGCUUUACCAACAUCAGCAAAACUCUCAAAUAAAGCCUUCAUGUUUUUUAUACAGGA